AGGGCUGGAGAUCAGCUGCAGACACUUCAGCUACAAGCGUAUCAGGAGACCUGAGGUGUUAUAGGCGCUCAGUGCAAAGCAGCUUCGGACACCAACCUAUAGGAGAGCAUGGCUGUUUGGAGGAGCAGGUCACACAGCUUUGGAUCACGUCCCAACAUGAGUGAUGCACCUUCUGAAGUAAGAAUUGUGCUUUUGGGAAACACAGGAUCUAGGAAGAGCAGCACAGGAAAAGUUAUCCUGGGGGAAGAGAACGAGUCAGUGAAGAUGGUACUGAAGUGGUUUGGGGAGGAAGCCCUGAAACACACAGGUGUCCUCUUCACACAGGCUGAUGAGCUUAAAGAAAACCAAACCACUGAGGAAUAUGUGAAGGAGAACAAGGAUCUGAAGGAACUUGUUGAUAAGUGUGGAGGCCGAGUCCAUGUCAUUCACUCUAAGCACUGGAACAGAAAAGAUAAAAAUGCUCAGUCUGCAGAUCUCGUGGAACAACUACAGCAAGUGAUGAUAGAGAGGAGAGAAGCUGGGGAAUCACAGGCUGUUCAGACACUGGAGGAAAUGAAGAAUUGGCUGCUAGAACAAAGAUCAUCACACCUGAUCAGGAACCAGGCCAAGCGUCAGGAGGACCUUCAAGCUCUGAUGGAAACCUGGAUGAAUCAGAGUACAGGAGUAACAGCCUUCAGAUUAAACAGCUGCUGACAGCUAUAGAGAACAUGGUGACAAACAAUGGCAGCAGUCAUUACACAAAUAAAUCGCUCCAGGUAAUAGCAGAAAUGGAGGUGAAAAAGACAAAAGAAGAGAUGGAGGAGAGAGGAGAGGAAGCAGGGGAGUCUGAGAUCAGGAGAAGAGCAAGAGAGAGAGUGAGCUGGGGCAGUUGGGGCAGCAGGAGUUGCAGAAGCUGGGGCAGUUGGGCAUUAGGAGCAGGAG